AUGGCCAACAUGAAUGACAACAUUUUCACAGACAACACGCGGGCAAGUGCCUCCCAGGUUGCGCUCGUCGUGAUUUCCGUGGAGCGUGGUGCCGAGUUGCAAACUGAGGAGGUCCUGAUGCACGCCUCGAGAUGGAAGGUGCCUGUUGUCUUUGCGCUCAACAAAAUCGACCUUCCCGACUCCCACCUCGAACUCACGCGAGCUGAACUCCGGCGGCAGUGUCAGCUCCUUCAUGAGCAUGGAUUGGUGGACGUAGAUUGGACAAAGGAGGCAGAGGAAGCGAUCCCAAUCUCAGCCUUGUAUCGGCAAAACUUGGAGGCGCUGGUGGCCAAAGUGCAAGCCGCAGCCGAUGCCCUGCCCCAGUUGCCACUUCGACCGGCCCAGCCCCUCACGAUCACGCCUGGAGAGGCCCAGCAAUCCAGGAACGUGCAGCGUCGCACCGAUUUCCUUGUCGGGGUGGAGGCUCCACCGACCGCCGUGGCACUGAUACUCGAGGUCUCCAAGCCCGGCGAAGAGCAAGGCGAGAUGAUGCUGACUGCCCUCGUGCGUGCGGGGCGCUUGGUGGUCGGUCAGUUCUUUGUAGCUGGCACCGCUUUUGGCAGGAUCACGAACCUCUCAGUGGCCACUGGCCUCGAGCGCAACCGGCUGUGGCUGAAGUGUGACCAUGCUGGUGUUGGAGUGGCCGUACAGCUGACGGGUCUUCGCACAAGGAAAGUUGGCGGGGAUUGCGCCGUGGAUGACCUUCUCUUUGCUUUACCACGCGAGCGUGCAUGGCGUCUCUGUGAGCACCGACAGCGGAUCGAGCAGCUCAUGGCGUGCCAGGUAUUCGGCCCGCCUUUGGAGGUCGCAUGGGAGAACGAUGCGCAGAUCCAGUCCCGCACACAAGCAGCUUUCGAGCGAGAGGCAGUGGACUAUCCGGAGAAGCACGCAGGCAGCGCUUAUGACCGCCGCUGGGACCAGCCAGCCGUGGAGGAGGUCUCUGGCCUGGGUCCAGCAUUCAGCAACGACACACGUCGCGACUUUCAAGCUCCGUUCACGCCGGAGAGCUCUGCAGAGCAUGCCGAGCGUGCCCCGCGUGAAGCUGCACCUCCUCGGUUGGCCUCACGCUUUCAGGUGCUCCAACCGAGCGCAGAUGCAGAGGCCGCAGGCGCUGACGGGAGCCGAACAGAUGCGCCACGGCAUGGUCGCCGAAGCCGCCAGCGAGUGGGUUCAGGUGCUUGGAGUGCAGACCCUGAGACAGUACAGCCUGAGCGCGACUUUGUCUAUUACGUCGACCGGAAGAGCUGGGAUGAGGAGUCCGAGAUCGACACUAAGCGGGUUCAGGCCCGGUGGCAGGGUCGCGACAAGGACCGCUGGGAAGAAGAGCGGCGCAAGGAGAAGAUGCGCCAGGACGAGCAGCAAAUGGCGGAGCGCAUUCGCAGGGAAGCUUUCGGUGAGGUCCAAGCGCAGUCUGAGGAGGAGGAGGAUGUUGACGUGGAAGAGCAUGAGCCAGGCGAUGACGAAGGGCCAGUGGUGCCCCUGCCGCGGCGAAAGGUGCAGGUUAUCCCGAUUAUCCUCAAGACUAAGAGUGUGAGCCAGUUCGACAUGCUCAUGGAGGAGAUCGACAACGUUCAGGAGACGUAUGGGGUACGAAUCGUCAUCGUGCAUGGAGGCCUUGGGCCCGUCAUCCCCAAGGACAUUGUGCACGCGGAGGUGGAGAAACGCUAUGGCUACUGCCCCAUCUACGCUUUUCAGGUAGGUGCCAACCCAUCUGCAGUGGGACAGGCAGAUGCUGAGCAAAUUGACAUUCGCCGCUUUGAUGUGUUCACCGAGCUCAUUGGUGACUUGGUGGAGCGCUGUGAGCGCAUCAGCGAGAAGCGGAGUCUGCAACGCUACGCUGUGGCUCUGAGGCAUGAAACUCCGUCCUCCUAG